GUGGUGUCUAAACUGCCUUUUUCUCUUUGCAGUGAGGUCUAAAUAUAGAUUAUGUGUUGUCCUGAUUAGUUUAGCACAGUCACAUUAUCAAUGCAGGGGACAAGUGAUGCAAGGCAGACCAUGGAAAGCCACGAUGAAUUACAUGGAGGGGUUAUAAGGCAGAGAGGGAAUGCUAUGGGUAAAAAUAUACAAGAACAAAAUAGUGGAUCAAAUGAAACAACACCAGAACCAAACAAGGAGCCUUCCCCACCCAGCAGCAAAGGAUCUUCUGUGGUUCUUAUAUUGUUGUUGCUAAUGGUUGGAAUCACUUGGGGAAUUGCUGCCACCGCGUACUUUGGCGUUGUGGAUUAUAAAGUAUUAGUUGCACGUAGUUCUUCCAUAUCAACCAGUGACAUGGCAUCUUGUGUGUCACUAAUUUACCCAACAAACUACCCAUUUGUGCGACGACCUCUUAAAACCUUUGGAAAUCUUCUGAUAAACAUUGAUGAAUCUAUUUACAAUCUUUUCAUCGCAAAAGAGCAAGCAAGUUACAUUGACAAGAGAAGAAGUGUGGCCAUGGUCACCCCUUAUAACAAGAUAACAUUCAGUAUCAAGGAUACGGAAAAAGUAGUCACUGAAAGAAGGGAACCCCCUGUUAUGAUCCCAGAUAACAAACCAAGCAAAGACGCCGAGACCACCAAUGAAAAUAUGAAGAUAGCCGAUAAAAAUGAAGAAGACGAUACAUUGAAACAAACUGGGGAAAAGGUACGAGGUAUAUAUUAAUAUAAGGUUGUGUAAUUUAAUAUUCAGGCUUGGGUAGUGGGCCAACUACAACGUAAAUCUCAGGUCCCAUGACAUGCCUCACUGUAGGACCUUACCCAUAUAGAAUUGAAUGUGCAUAAACAAU